AUUUGCCUUCAAUUUAUAGGAUAGUAGGAGCAAGGAGCCUUUAAUUUCUUCCCGUUGAGAAUUGAUUGUUGCGAAUCAAACGGAAGAACAUUGGAGCAUCCGCGCUAGUUUAUCGCGAAGAGGAAGAAGAAGUCGUAGACUUCAAUUCUCCAUUUUUUUUCCUUUCUUGCGUAAAUCUUAAGAGGACAAGGCCUGGACUUCUUUAUUUGAUGAUGGGUUUGGGCUCUAGCCAAAAUCAAUAUCUUCUUUCCAAACUUGAACUACAUUUUUGGCCUUCUGCUAUAUUUUUCUCCAAAAAAUAAGAUAUCUGAUAAUUUUGGGUUAGGGAAAAAUAAAAUGAAAUAAUAUAAUGUAAAAAAAUGAUUAAAAAAACUACUAUUUUUGAAAGAAAAUUAAAAGAUUGUAAAAAUGAGAAUUAAAAUAAAACUAAGCUAAACAACUAAAAAUUAAACACUAAAAAUAUUAAAAAUGCCUAAAAUUGAAUAAAAAAAACUAACCCAAAAACGACUUAUCAAAUACCCCCACACUUAAGAGUUGAACGUCCUCGUUCAAAAGACUAAACAAAACAAAUUAAUUUCUAUCAUCAUCAAGAAGAACAAAAUGCACUUUACACCCCCACACUUAAGACUUUAUGCCCAUAGCAUUUAAAAAAUAAAGUGAGCUAGAAAUCCUACAAGGAUGGAGAACUAUGAUGUGGAUUUUUUUGGGUUCUAACAAAUGCUCUAAAGCUGCUACAAAAAAGUUUCCUAGUGGAAUCUUAUGGUUUAGAAUGGCUCAAUAGCAGCGGUAGCAAGGUUCAUCAAUAAGCCUAAAAAUAUAAAAAUCACUCAAUUUUCUAAAAAUAAAAGGCUCCUAAAACUAGUUUCUCUCUGUUUUUUUUCUUCAGAUUUUAAUAUCACGCAAUGGUUGAUUAGGCAGCAUCUAGAUAAUAUGUGGAUGGCCAGUUCUAGAAAACAAAAUUCUAUGGGAUUCCUAGAAGGAUUUCAAACAUUUUAAGGGCCAUUUUUAUCAAGAAAGAGCAUAAGACUCAAUGCGGGUUUAAAAGGUAUACACUUGCUAUCUUUCAGAAUAAAGCCCCAAGAAAAACAAUGAGGUUUUUGGGUCAAGUUUGAAAACAAUGCUCUAAAUAAGAAGAUUUGCAACUAAGAAUGAAAAUAUUUGGACCCAAAACCUAUUUUUUGAAGAAAAAAAUUUUUUUGCCCCAAAAUAUGAUUUCCCAAAUAAUAAGAUAAUCGUGAGAAACUCCCCCCCACACUUAAAAUGUGCAUAGUCCUCAAUGCAUCUAUAUGAUAUGCAAAUAAACAACAAUAAUAUAGCCAGGAGAAUGAGCCAAGAGAGAAGGGGAUUAGGGAAUUCAACAAAAAAAAAAGUAUACGCAGCAUAAUUUCAUCACUCUCAUCUGAUUGUGCUCGACGGACCUAAAAAUCUGCAAAGUGAAGGCUAAGACCAAGUAUUUUAGCAUUGAAGAACAAAAAUUUAGAUUUCAAAUAUAUAGAUUUUAAGCUUCAAAUUUGGUUCUGGAAACCAAUUCUUGUGCCUUUUUGCACUUUUCAAAACAAAAUGCUGCAUAUGAGAAGGUUAUUUAUGUCAUGCACGUGCAAAGCAGCUCAUAUGCAUCUAUUAAACAUCAUAAUUCAGCACAUAUGCAUCUGAUGAACUCAAAAAUCAGAUUGAACACCAAGAAAAGAUUGGAGAUUUUUUCUAUUUCAGCACCUAUAAGCUAUAAAAAGUGUAAAAUUUUCAUUUUGCACUCAAAAAAUCAGCUUAUAAGUCCAGAAAUAACUUUUCAAAGUGCAGAAUUUUUCCUUAGUAUCCAAAAAUCAGCUGUAAACAAUGCAUAUAUCUCAACUUUCAGCUUAAAUAUGUCCAUAUAAUAGCACCCAACCCUUAAAGAACUGAAAACUCACAAUAAAGCAACUAGUAUGUGCUUGAAAUUGCUGUUUUGGAUCAGAAUUUUGCACAUUAAUGAUGCAGAUUUUUACCAUUGAAGCUCAAGAAUCAGAUUUGAGUUUGUAGGUUAUUCACUUUUGCAAGCAAAAUUAUGACUUAUAGUGCAGAUUCUCAUUGUGAAAACUGUUUGUGCAGAUUUUUACUCCAAAGGGCAUGCUUCUACCUGACUUAAUAGAUCUUGAAUAUACACUCAAAUAAAUAGUUAGAAGCAUACAUGAAGCAAAAAUAGACCAUUAAAUCCAGUAAAUGCAGCAGUAUUCU